GACAGUGAUCAGGCCAGUUUAACUCUUCUUUCAGCCCAUGGGUUCUUCUGUGAGUUAACUGCCCUUUGGCCCAGGGUAGGCCCAUGACCCAUUAACUAUGGCCAAAAGAGAGGGGCAAGAUCCAAGUGAUCUGCUUGGCUUUGAGGAGGAGCUGCUGUACUGCCUCACUGCAUAAGGGAUGGGAUCAGAGAACAGUGCUUUAAAGAACUAUACACUGAAAGAACCACCAUUUGUCUUACCCUCUGGACUUGCUGUUUAUCCCGCUGUACUUCAGGAUGGCAAAUUUGCUUCAGUUUUUGUGUAUAAGAGAGAAAAUGAAGACAAGGUUAAUAAAGCUGCCAAGCACUUGAAGACACUUCGUCAUCCUUGCUUGCUAAGAUUUUUAUCAUGUACUGUGGAAGCAGAUGGAAUUCAUCUUGUCACUGAGCGAGUGCAGCCUCUGGAAGUGGCUUUGGAAACAUUGUCUUCUGCAGAGGUCUGUGCUGGGAUCUAUGACAUAUUGCUGGCCCUUAUCUUCCUUCAUGACAGAGGUCACCUAACACACAACAAUGUCUCCUUAUCAUCUGUGUUUGUGAGUGAAGAUGGGCACUGGAAGCUAGGAGGAAUGGAAACUGUUUGUAAAAUUCCUCAGGCCACACCAGAGUUUCUGAGGAGUAUUCAAUCAGUAAGAGACACAGCAUCUGUCCCUCCUGAAGAGAUGUCUCCAGAAUUCACAACUCUUCCAGAGUCUCAUGGACAUGCCCGGGAUGCUUAUUCAUUCGGAACAUUGGUGGAAAGUUUGCUCAUAAUCUUAAAUGGACAGGUUUCAGCGGAUGUUCUCUCCAGCUUUCAACAGACCUUGCACUCAACUUUGCUGAAUCCCAUUCCCAAAUGUCGGCCAGCGCUCUGCACCUUACUGUCCCAUGACUUCUUCAGAAAUGAUUUUCUAGAAGUUGUGAAUUUCUUGAAAAGUUUAACAUUGAAGAGUGAAGAGGAAAAAACUGAAUUCUUCAAAUUUCUGCUGGACAGAGUUAGCUGCUUGUCAGAAGAAUUAAUAGCUUCGAGGUUGGUGCCUCUUCUGCUUAAUCAGUUGGUGUUUGCAGAGCCAGUAGCUGUUAAGAGUUUUCUUCCUCAUCUGCUUGGCCCCAAAAAAGAGAAUGCACCGGGAGAAACCCCUUGCUUGCUGUCACCAGCCCUGUUCCAGGCACGGGUGAUCCCUGUGCUCCUUCAGUUGUUCGAGGUUCACGAGGAGCAUGUGCGGGUGGUGCUGCUGUCUCACAUUGAGGCCUACGUGGAGCACUUCACUCAGGAGCAGCUGAAGAAGGUCAUCUUGCCGCAGGUAUUACUGGGCUUGCGUGAUACCAGUGAUUCCAUUGUGGCCAUUACUCUUCAUAGCCUAGCCGUGCUGGUCUCUCUACUUGGACCAGAGGUGGUUGUGGGAGGAGAACGAACUAAGAUCUUCAAACGCACUGCCCCAAGUUUUACUAAAACUACUGACCUUUCCCCAGAAGAUUCUCCCAUGCACGUCGUCUGCAACCAGCACAGUCAGAUCUCGCCAGUCUUGGAGAACCCCUCCUCUAGCAUAUUUCCUAAGUGUUUCUUUUCUGGCAACAUGCCCAUCAACAGCAAGAAGCACAUACAGCGAGAUUACUGCAAUACUCUUUUACAGACAGGUGAUAAAUUUUCUCAGCCUAUUAAAUUUCCCAUGAAUGGAAUCUCAGAUGUGAAAAAUACUUCAGAGGACAAUGAAAACUUCCCAUCAGAUUCUAAAAAGUGUGAGGAGUGGCCUGAUUGGAGUGAGCCCGAGGAGCCUGAGAACCAAACUGAGAACAUACAGAUUUGGCCUAGAGAGCCGUGUGAUGCUGCCAAGUCCCAAUGUACUAACUUGAAUGUGGAGGAGUCAUCUUGUGAUGACUGUGAGUCCAGCAGCUUAGAGACUAAAAGAAACCAAGGAGAUGGAGUCAUUGCUGUAAAACCUGUUACCUCAGGGGAGCAGAAGCCUAUUCCUGCUUUGCUGGCAACUGAAGAGUCGAAGCCUUUGAAGUCAAGUCUACCCCAAAAGACCAGUCUUGUCCAAUGCAGGGAUGACCCAGACCAAAUCAAGCCACCAAAAGUGACAUCACAAGGAAGGCCUCUUAAGGUUCCAUUAGAACUUGGCUUAGGAGAGGAGUUUACCAUUCAAGUAAAAAAGAAGCCAGUACAAGAUCCUGAGUUGGAUUGGUUUGCCGAUAUGAUCCCAGAAAUUAAGCCUUCAGCUGCUUUUCUUAUUUUACCUGAACUGAGGACAGAAAUGAUGGUCCCCAAAAAGGAUGGUGUCUCACAAGUGAUGCAGUUUUCCUCAAAAUUUGCUGCAGCAGAAAUUACUGAGGGAGAGGCUGAAGGCUGGGGAGAAGAAGGGGAGCUGAACUGGGAAGAUAAUAACUGGUGACAACAGAUGUGAGUUAAACUUUAGGAAAAGGAUUUCCUUUUAAAAAAAUCCAAUUAAUACCUCAAAAGCAGGCUCUGAGGACGAGAAAACCCCAAAGCAGCCUGUAUUUCCCAGUCUGUGCCAACUGAAGUGUGAGACAGACCUUGAAUGCUGGCUAAAAGCCCUGGGUGGUAAAGAGGCUCCCAGUACUGGCUUGUCAGAGGAAGAGCCGUGUGCAUUUGACUGAGGCCAGUGUCUGUGAAGAGCAAGUACCCGAGGAAAAGUUGAAUUUACUGCUUUUUCCAGAGCAAUUCUGGAAGCAAAGAAAAUAUGAACAUUCAAGCUGGUUAGCUUAAUUUUGUGCCAUUUCUUUAACAGUCAGAAGAGUAAGCUCUAUUAUGAAAUACAACUUACUGAAAAAAUUGUAGCUAUAAAUUAUAUAAAUGAUUUUGAAUUGCUAAGGUCUCUUAGGCAGUUUAUUUGUUUACAGUUUCAUUAUCUGAGGAAUGGUCCUACGUGGACCUGGGCAGUUAUUGACUGUUCUGCAUGUGUUAAGGUGAACCAAAGUUCUUCAUGAGAAUCUUCCCCACAAUCCUGUUCUCUGAAUGUCAAAUAAAGACUAUUUUCACUAGAUUCAACUUUACAAAAGCUGUUUUAUAUGUGUUAGAAAAUGUACAAACAUAAUUACAUCAGUAUUUUCAUUUACAAAAUAUACCAUAGGUUGACAAAGCAUCCAACCCAUUUCUGCCUACUGAUAAUAUGGUCCAGAGCAUUAAAGUUUCACCCUAGAGUAUACAACGUUUUAGCUUAUCAAUCCUUUCUUGGAGCACUUCCAUUUCCAUGAGAAGCCAAGCUGGAGCAGGAGCCUUUUGGAGUAAUGACUCAGUUGCCUCCAAGGCCCCUGCUGCUGCCUGCAAUGCUGACCUAUACUCUCCUUCCAAGGGGACCUCAUGACGGGCUCUUUUUGCAUCAGGCUGGAAAAUGAGAAAAGCAGGUGAUAAGUAAUGCCAUAAUACCCCUUCAGAAAAUAACAAAGACUCUUCUUCCUGGACUGGGAUAAAGCUUAUUAGAACAAAUUCUAAAACUGCAAAAAAAAUUAUGUACAAAUUUUUUUCUAGUCAUUGUAUUACAAGGGCAGGAGGGCACCUGCCUCCCCCCCGCCCCUGCAGUCAGUGUCCUAGAGUUUGUAUGUGGCAUAUAACAAAGAGUGUCCUGUUCAAAGGGCUCCCAAUAAAAAGUGCUAAACUGUCCUUACAAAAAAGCCCCAAGUAUGUAUUUUCUAAAUGUUUCCAUUUUCUUUUUAAUGCAAGUUUGUAAUUGGUGAGAGUUGUAGUCUUCCAGAUGCUUUUGGAGCCAGUUCAAUAAAAUGUCAGGCUUUUGGAAUUAUUGCACAGGCAGGAGGGAAGCUGUGGUCAGGACAUCUUUUAUAACUGCAGUCUUCCUAAGGAAGGUCGCAAUAAAUUUAAAUUCAUGAGGGCUUAUUUACAUAACUGAUACGC